AUGCCGGAGCAGAGCAACGACUACCGGGUGGUGGUCUUCGGGGCCGGGGGCGUGGAGAGCUCGCUGGUGGUGCGCUUCGUCAAGGGCACCUUCCGCGACACCUACAUCCCCACCAUCGAGGACACCUACCGGCAGGUCAUCAGCUGCGACAAGAGCGUCUGCACGCUGCAGAUCACCGACACCACCGGCAGCCACCAGUUCCCGGCCAUGCAGCGCCUGUCCAUCUCCAAGGGCCACGCCUUCAUCCUGGUCUUCUCGGUCACCAGCCGGCAGUCGCUGGAGGAGCUGCGGCCCAUCCACCAGCAGAUCGUGCAGCUGAAGGGCGGCGGGGAGGCCUUCCCCAUCAUGCUGGUGGGCAACAAGUGCGACGAGACCCAGCGGGAGGUGGAGACGCGGGAGGGGGAGGCCGUGGCCAAGGAGUGGCAGUGCGCCUUCAUGGAGACCUCGGCCAAGAUGAACUACAACGUCAAGGAGCUGUUCCAGGAGCUGCUGAACCUGGAGAAGCGCCGCAACAUGACCCUGAGCAUCGACGGGAAGCGCACCGGCAAGCAGAAGCGGACAGAGAAAAUCAAGGGCAAGUGCAGCCUUAUGUGAGCGGCCGGCCAGCAGGCGCCCCCCACCGCCCUUCCCCCCAGCUCACCGUCCAUCGCCUGGUCUCCCUCCGGCCCUCCGCCUCCCCUUCGUCCACUGGCGCCCCCUCCCGGCCUGGCUCUCUCGGUGCUCCCCAGAUCCUACCGCCUGCCCGCCUGCCGCUCUGGCCCUGCCCUGGACUCCCUCCCCCCAGCAGAAGCCGACCACUUGGACUCGGGGGGGGGGGCUCAGACGGGGGCGGUCAGGCCUCCCUGCCAAAUGACAUUCUGGCUGGACUGUGGCCAGCCCCCUCCACUCCCACCCCUGAAGCCGACCUCGGUGGGAAGAGAGGAGAGAGGAGCUGCCUCCACUCAAGGCCCACCGUUCCUGGGAUGGGAUGGGCUGAAGGUGCCCUGACUGACUUUGGCCUGAUGACAGAGAGCCAGUGGUCCAGCCUGCCCUUGGCCGGGAGCUACAGAGGACUCUGGAUUCAUUCAAGUGGGGCCCUUGGGCGACGAUGGCCCUGCCAGGACUGCACAAACUCCUGUGGGGGAGUCAGACCCCCCGUCCCCCUUGCCAGACCCCAGCCCACCUUUGCUUCAUCACCCA